GCGGACCACACGAAACUCGCAAGCCCGCAACACCGGCGUAAACUGUCAAUAUUUCAAAAAUGCGCUGCUUGUUUUUGUAGGUUAGAGCGGAUUUAUUGAAUAUAAAGUUGUAUAAAAAUCUAGUUUCACAUGUAAUUAAUACAAUAAGAACUAUGGAGUCGUUGCGCAGAGGAUUUAUCCUGACGUGCAUUACGUAUUUGUGUAUGAAAACCAGUGAAAGUGCCAAAAUAAACACGCCGAGGGUGCUUUUGCCUUGGUUUGAUAACAUGACCGUGAAUUUCACGUUCGAAAUAAUAGAAGGUGGUUGUUAUACUUGGAGUUUGUCCCGCGAUGACAUCAUCGACUUGGAGCCUAUUUAUGACGACUCCUGGGGGCAUUGUUCCCGUGCUGCAAGGGUUUCCGUGUCUAAAUCUUGUAAACCACCCGGCUCCGUGAUUAUUCUUGCGGAAGAAGUCAACAGCGGCGAGAUAUUGCGGGGAGAUGUAGACAUAGACGUGAUCAGCUCGCUGAAGGUGAUGAGCACAACUUGGAAGCUCUACUUGGAAGAGGCACCGGAGGCUUUUGAGGUGGUUGCUUAUGAUGAUGCGGGUAACACAUUCUCAACAUUGGAAGGAGUGAGUUUCACAUGGACCAUAGAAAACCUUGGCAGUAAUAUCGAAAAAGAUCCAUUAGUCACUUUCGUCCGAUGGCGGGACACGGACUACGAAGCGCCUCGCAGCAUAGCCGAGCUCGAGAGCCUCGGCGUGCGCUCCUACUCCGUGCUGCUCUACGGCCAGGCCAUGGGCGAUGUGCGCGUCACCGUCUGUCUUAAAGACAUCUGUACUGAUUUCAAGCUGAAUGUGGUCGCUAGCGUGGUUUUAACGCCGGCUAUAGCUACCAUAGCACCUGGGGAUACGCUGCGAUAUAAAGUUGUCCGUGCACGCGCGGGCCGCCUCACUAUCCAAGACGUUGCCGAAACACUUUACUACAUUAGCGUCCCGACCUCCGACAUAGCUCGUCUAGAGGACUCUAUAAGCCUCGUCCGAGGCACCCAAAUCGGCACAACCAACGUCCACCUCCUAUCCGGCGCUACAGAUGUCGCUACGGCUAUUUUAAACGUCGCUGAGCCUCAUAGUAUUAAAGUUUCUAUUCGACCAGCGAAAUUAGUCAUACAAUCAGAAUUAUUCAUUAUACAUUGCGUGGUAUAUGAUAAGGAUGGACGCGCGUUGACGGCUGGCGAUGAAAUGUUGAUAAGGUUGACGGUGGAAGGCGAGGCGAAUGUGGAUCUGGUCAGGUCGACAGAGAAUGGAACUAUUACUGACGCUGUGGCGAAUAAUGCGGGGCCGUUCACGGUUACGGCUAAGCUUUAUUCUGUUGCUGGACGGAGUGUUUCUCGAAAGGUGGAAGGCAAAGCAUCAGCAGUAGCCAUUGAGCCAUUGGCAGUAGUUCCUCCAGAACUUUACGUAGCAUGGACUGAUACUACUCAGGAAAUUCAGCUAAAGCAUCGCGGGGGCGGCGAGGAGGAAGUUCAGUGGUCUGAAGUAGAAACGGCGGACCCUCAUGCCAUCUCGCUCUCUCCCGCGGGCAUGUUAGCCGUCCGCGGCACGAGUGAGACAGACGUCCGAGUGCAACUGAAGGAUUACCCUUAUGUACGGGCUUUUGGCAAAGUGCUAGUCGCCCCGCCGGAGCUGAUCCAAGUAUCCAGCUCAGGGCACGCUCGCGUCGGCAAACCACAUCAUCUGCACAUCGCGUUGACAGCUACCCACCCUACUACUGGCGAAUACUACAACUUCCAUACCUGCAACUGCGCAUCAUUUGCGGUGUCACUGCUCGAAGGCCCAGAACCCCACAACGUCACUGCGGCCCCCUGGGUGGAGCCCGUUGACGGCGCUUGCUGCGUGAUCGAGUGCGCCUGGGCGUCGCGCGGCGUGUCGCUGCUGCGCGCGUCGCGGGCGCGCGCGGGCGCCACGGCGCGCGUGCUGGUGCGCGCCGCGCCGCGCCUCGUGUGGCCGCCGCGCGCCGCCGCGCUGCUGGGCGCCACGCUGCCCGUAUUAGCCGAGGGUGAAGCCCUUCUGCCUGAAUCGAAUGACCCCCGCAUAGCGGAGCUAACGACGCGGGACGGGCCACCGCCGCACCGCCAUCCUGAUCUGCAGCUCUUCACACUGUCGUGUCGCAGGAAAGGCGACACCCGCCUAUCUCUGAUCUCGGGCGCCGAGGAGCGCGAGUCUGCCGAGUUCGAUUCCGCGUGCGCGCAAUACGUAGCGCGCAUCAGAUUAGAGCCUGCCGAUGCUAACAACUGCUCCGGAGGACCGAAAAUAUGGCUGCGUCCCGGCCACGAAGUGACAGUAAAGGUUACUCUACUCGACGCGCUGGGCAGAGAGUUACUCGACGAGCUAGGCCCGCGUGUGUCGUGGGAAACUGAACCUAACCACCCCGGCAUAGAGUUUAGAGCUGUCGACAGACUGUUUAUUGAGCACCAUCCAGAAUACGUGCCUGUCCCAGUGCCGUACAAGUACUAUCAGCUAGUGGUAGCAGACGAGCAAGCUAUUGGUUGGAGUGGGACUCUGAAAGCGAGCAUUCCAGAGGCGACCGCUAGUAUUCAAGCGAGGGUCGUAGCGCCCCUCAAAUGUGAUCCACAGAGGAUAAGUGUAGCCUGGGAAGGCGAAACCGUCUCCAACAUAGCGACGGUCUCCGGCGGUAGCGGAAAGUACGCUGUAGAGACGCCUAAAGGCUCCAGUGGUACAGUCGACGGCGGUAAACUGACGGCUAUAGUGCCCGGACCGGGCAGCUAUGAUCUGCUAGUUGUGGACCAGUGUGUGGCUGGCGAUAGACAACAUGUUGAGGUCCUUAUUGAAGAAGUGCUAACCGUAGAAGUAUCCACCUCUCGCGCCGUCUGCGUCGGCGCGUGCGUGCCCGUGUCCGCCAUAUUGCGCGGCGCCUCACGCGCUCGCCUACUCGCAUCGCGCUCCGUGGAGUGGCGACACGACUCACACUUCACCAUAAAGGACGGCCAGUUGUGUGGGCUGAGGGAGGGCGCGGGGAAGCUUAGAGCCGUGUUUGGGGGCGUGUCCAGUGCGGAUCAUGAGGUUUUAGUGUUCCCGCCACUGAGCGUGGUCCCGCCCCGGGCCAGGAUCCCGCCGAGCGGCAAGUUGCAGCUGCGGCACGCGGGCGGCCCGCCGCCGCACCUCGCCGCGUUGCAUUAUAAACUGUACGAAACUUCGAGGGCAAUUGAGGUCAGCCUGUCCGGGUUGGUGCACGGACUUUCCACGGGCACGGCGCGGAUCCGCCUCGUCGCUCUCGACAUAUCUGACGUGGAAAUGGCCAGCGCUGAAGCGGAAGUGGAGGUGAUCCCAAUAACCGGUCUCCGAGCACGUGCCGCGACACAGACCCUGCUCGUCGGUUCCCCAGCGCCGCUGUGGCUAGAAGCGGCCGGUUUAGGCGCGGCGGCGCUGGCGGCGCUGCAGCCCGCGCCGCGGGUGGCGUGGGCGCUGCGGGACCCCGCCGCGGCCAGGCUGCACACUACACACGUUGACGAUAAAUUGGAGAGAAGCGUGGCAGAAGGCUUGUCAGUCCGAGUGAUUCCCCUCAAGCCUGGGGUUAUUACGAUCGAUGUGCGAGUACGGAAUUUAGGACAGGCAGCAGAAACCCGUUCCUGGGACAGCACCGUGGAAAUCCUCGCCGUUUCCGACAUUGCCGUCUCAGUUCACGGCCUCCCAAAAACCCUGGACACCGGCGACCGUCUCGCCUUAGCCGUCGGCUCCACCAUCCGACUCAAGUCUUUACCCAGGAGCGCGUGGCAGGCAUCUGGAGAUGGCUCGUUCGAAGUUUCCUCCAACGGGGAGUUAAAGGCCCACAGCGUGGGUUACGGGGUCGUCGUGGCUCAGCAUAAGGACGAGAGGAACAACAUUUACAGAGAAACUACUAUACACGUGGAAGUGUCGACGCCCGCAUACUGCACGGCGGAGCCGAGUGACGCCAACGAAGACGGAGCGCUGCGAGUGGUCCUACGCAGUUCUUUAGGCCGCGAACUACUCGCCCCUGACGCGAAUGUCAGCGCCGCGCCGCUCACGACGCAUGUGCGAAAAGUAUCUGACAGUGCCCUAGGACCGGAGCUACUGAUCUCGGGUCUAGACUCCACAGGGUCGUUUAUGACCUUCCACGGCACAGCGGGCGGGGUCACGGUCAAAGACGAAGUGUGGGUCACCGGCUCGGACUCGCACGCUGACAGGGUUUUUGUGACAGGCGCAUGGGCAGUCUGCCUGGAAGGCGUGGGCUGGGCGGCGCCGCCCGGCGUCAGCGUGUACGCGGGCAGCGGCGCGUCGCUGGCCGUGCUGGCGGGGCAGGGCGCCGCCCGACACGCGCUCAGGAGGGACCGCCCCGCCGCCACCAAGACGCUGGUGCAGCUGCCCUUGGACAAGAUGGAAUUCCACCAAGGCGAGUGGCCAGCCUCCAUGGUCCCUCUCUCCAUCGAAGCAUCGGGAUUAACCUCCGGGCCGGUGCUAUGCUCAGAAGAACAGAAGUAUGCCCUGGAAGGCGUGCCGCUAGAGUUGCCCUUCACAUGUCGCGCCAGCAAGCCCCACGAAGGCAAACCUGUCGCGGACUUGCUUAACGGACAAAUCGGCUGCUCGGUGAUCCCCGCGGGCCCGAUCACACAAUCAUCUGAAAUCGAGCUCUGCGCCGAGUGGGGCAUCCACAGAACAUGCACCAAAGUCUUACUAAUGCCUCCGGUCAAACUGUCGGCCUCUAAAGUGUCGCUCCUCAACCCGCCGGCGAUCUUCACCGUGUACGGAGACCCGCAAGCCCUGAAGUCGGUUAGGGUGACGCCAUCGCCGGGCUUGAAAAUUCAGCAGACAAGCUCAAAUGAUGAGAUAAGUGUAGAAGUGACUUCGGAAGCGUCGGUGUGCGGGCUUGGCUGGGUAACUGUGAUGUCGCGGCUAACAGGACAGGAGUUACGUGUCGAGGUGGAGCGGUCGUGUGAAGUAGCGUGCGGUACGCUGUUGGGCGCGUUAUUUACGCUCGUGCGGCCUUUCCUGCCCACGCUUUUCACGCUAGCCGCCGUGGUUGUGGCCUACAUGUACAUCCAAUACCGCUGGAACGAGAAGGCGCGCCUGCGCCUACCCCAAGCCCCCGAGUCGGUGAUCCCCCCCUCCACCCCCUCGCCGUUCCCGCGCCGCUCCUGGUCGCGCAGCCCCUACGCCGCGCCCGUGUACGGCGACGGCGACACCGAGCCCUUCUCGCCCAACUCUACCAGGAUACACUCGAGGUUCUUGUGAUCAUUGUGAUCAUAGAGGUACAAUAAUAGAGGUGACACGGGGGAGCGGCCAAACGACCGGACGAGAUGCACUUAUGUAAAUGUCAGUAGAAGUAGCAGAGAAAGCGGUAUUAUUGCUUGUUCUUGUCACAGUCUCACUUUUUGUUAGGGUCCCCACCAAAAAUUUUGUAUGGUUUAUGGUGGGCAACAAAUAACCCGACCAAAUUACGUAGAUUGUUUUUGGUCUGUUACUAGGAAAACGUGUUUUUAAUAUUGUCGCUUUGCGUAUGUUUUGCCCCUCACGGAGGCACGCGUAUAGCUCAUCUAUGUAAUACUAGGCCUAUGAUUGUGAUAUUUAACCUAGUUGGACUGAUACAGUAAGUGCCCAGUUGCACCAACCACAUUUGAUAGACUGAUCAACGUCACCCGGCGCGCCGCGGCGGUUUACUAUUAAACUUUUCGUAAUCAUAGUAAAAUUUAGCGUAGUCUUCGAUGAGAGUUCAAGCAGUUCGUUAAUCUUUUGACUGCCGAAGCAGACUGACGCUGCCGGCUACAACCCAAUAUCGACCUUCGUGUGUACCGCUAACGUUCCAGAUGAUACGCCGCGCACGAUAGGCGUGAUGUUCUUGUUCAAAGUGUUAAGGAUUACAAUUUUGCUGUGAUUGAAUAUCAACAGUAAUUCUGUUUGCGGGUUUGGCUGGAUGACCGAGUUUAUCAAAAAUAGAACAAAUCUUUUCAACGAACGGAACGAUGAUUCGUGUUAGUAGGUUAAAACUCUAAUAUAAUAAAAAUAUAAUAAUUUAGCCUAUAUACGUCCCACUGCUGGGCACAGGUCUCCUCUCAAACAUGAGAGGGUUUGGGCUAUAGUCCCCACGCUGGCCCAAUGCGGGUUGGGGACUUAUACUCUAAUAUUUAUAUUAAAACUCGACUUUCCUUAAACUGGCUGUUCUCUUCUACAGGUUGCAUUUUACAAACUCGUAAAAUUUUGUGAUUUCGAUAUAUAUGUUUUUCUUUGUUGAUUCCGUUUUUGGAAUUCUUUCAAAUCUAAAUCUGCUGCUCACAUAUACACUACACGAUAAGUAUGAAUAAAGACAUGAAUUAAAUACCUACUCACGGAUCCACGUUCCGCCAUUGGUCAUACAAAAGUUUAAGUUCUGUAAGUAAGGGUGGUAUUCCAUCUGUUCAAUUUGUAUGCGUCUCACUCUCUCAUUAAGCAAAAUGUGAGAUGCAAUACACAUUGGACAAAGAAAUUGGAUAGUUGGAAUACCACCUCAAUUGACGAAGCGACGACAAUCGAUCGCAUAGAAAAUUAUAUGUUACGUUGUAAAUCGGACGAAACGGGCAGAAAUUACGUUUAAUGUAGAUCAAUAUGGUGGAAGGGGGAAGGGGGAAAAUGUUUCGAUGUAUGUAAUGUAUGUAAGUAUGUUUUGUAAAUAGAUUUGUUGGGUUCCUUAAUUUUUGACAUGUAUUUUUGUAUAACACCGAACGCCAUUGGAAUUGUGAAUUUGAGUUUGACAUUUACAAGAGUAGGUAGGUAUAACUAAUUUAACAAGAAAUAAUUAAUGAGUCUACUAAUAAUAUUUAAAAUUAUCUUGAUCUUUCUGUAUUUUAACUAAAUAAUGUAUAUGAAAAAUGACGGAGUACCUAUAUACUCUCGGCAGCAAGUGAAGACACUUAAAACUCUUUUAAGUCUAAUAAAACAGUGGAUAUAAUAA